CCAUUCUCCUCUCAGCUUCUCGCUUUUGAAGCUGCUCCAUCAACCAGUUUCAGUUUUCUCGUUAGUCACUCUACCAGCAAUAGCAACAGAGGAGGAAGAGCUAAUUGGUGCGGUCGGUUAGUCAUGGCUGUCGUGAAUUUUGUCAAGCCGCACAUUGGGCAGAGCCCAAAGCUACAGGGGCGUACUCCGAGGAGGGGCAGCGGCGUGGUCAGGAGCUCGCUGCAGGGCGCCGUCGUCGGGAACAGGGCGGAGUGGCUGACCAGCUGCGCGGUGCUCUCCAGCAAGGUGGCCGCGCUCGCCCCCCACUCCACCAACGGACACCUCGCGCUGGCGGUGGCGGCUUCGAACGGGGCGGUGCUGGACUUGGUCCCUGUGAAGACUGUUGAUGGCAGCGCACGCAGCCUGCCGGCGCCCCUGCGGAUCGCGGACCUGUCCCCGGCGCCCAUGCACGGCUCGGAGCUGCGCGUGGCGUACCAGGGCGUGCCUGGGGCGUACAGCGAGAAGGCGUCCGCAAAAGCCUACCCGGGCUCCGACGCCAUCCCGUGCGACCAGUUCGAGGUGGCCUUCCAGGCCGUGGAGAACUGGGUCGCGGACCGCGCCGUGCUCCCCGUGGAGAACUCGCUCGGCGGCAGCAUCCACCGCAACUACGACCUCCUGCUCCGCCACCGCCUGCACAUCGUCGGCGAGGUGCAGCUCCCCGUGCACCACUGCCUCCUCGCGCUCCCGGGCGUGCGCAGGGAGGACAUCACCCGCGUCAUCAGCCACCCGCAGGCGCUGGCGCAGUGCGAGCACACGCUCACCCGCAUGCCCGGCCUCAACGCUGCCCGCGAGGCCUUCGACGACACGGCCGGCGCCGCCGAGUACGUGGCAGCCAACGGCCUCCGCGACACGGCUGCCAUCGCGUCCUCCCGCGCCGCCGAGCUGUACGGCAUGGAGGUGCUCGCCGACGGCAUCCAGGACGACUCCGGCAACGUCACGCGGUUCGUGAUGCUGGCCCGGGAGCCCAUCGUGCCGCGCAUGGACCGCCCCUUCAAGACCAGCAUCGUGUUCGCGCACGACAAGGAGGGCACCUCCGUGCUCUUCAAGGUGCUAUCCGCCUUCGCCUUCCGUGACAUCAGCCUCACCAAGAUCGAGAGCCGGCCGCACCGGCCCAUCCGCCUUGCCGACAGCAGCACCGCCCCGAAGCAGUUCGAGUACAUGUUCUACGUGGACUUCCAGGCCUCCCUCGCCGACCCGCGCGUGCAGAAUGCACUCGCUGAGGUGCAGGAGUUCACGUCAUUCUUGCGGGUGCUCGGGAGCUACCCCAUGGACAUGACACCUAUGGCUGCCGGCGUUGCCUCAUCUGAAUCCUCGUCGGCUUAUUCGUCUUCUUGAAUGGAUUCGAUAGAGUUAAUUAAGAUCUCCAUCGAGUAAUUAAUCGUGUUCUUCAUUUUCUUGUCACAGUACGUGUAAUAGUGCCAGUUGAGCUGAUUAGACCUCAGUAAAUAUACUUGUGACUUGCGAGAUA